AUGGAUUACUGGAAGCAUCACAUCAACGGCAUCUUGGCCAACAAAAAAGUUGAAGAUGUGGCUAUCGCGGGCCUCUCUGGCAACAAGUGCAUGUGGGCGGCCAAGCCAGGAGGGCUCCUCACAGCCAUCUCACCUCAAGAAGUGUCCUUGAUCACGGGCCGGGAUCGGAAAAUGUUACUACUGACGGGCAUCACUGUAGCUGACAAAAAGUGCACUGUGAUUCGUGACAGCCUGCUGGUGCAUGAAGAUGAUGCGAUGGAUGUCAGGAGCAAAGGCAGCGACAGCAGAUCCAGCUGUAUUGGCAAGACCCCCCAAGCCCUGAUCUUCCUGAUGGGCAAGAAGGGAGUCCCCAGAGGAGCCCUCAACCAAAAGGUCCAUCAUAUGAUUGUGGGCGUGAAAGCAUGA